AUGACCAGCUACAGCGCAGGUGACCAAGCAGGCAACUAUUUCCAGACUGAUGCAUCUUUGGCUGAAAGUGAUCGGAAACGUCAGAAGGCAGCAAACACAUUGGGGGAUCCAGUCAAAUUCCCCACAAAACUGCUAGCUGCCGGUGUCAACUAUUGUUUUGAUGCUACUGGGGAUGUUGUUUUUGUCGCCGAGGCCGGGGGCUCAGUGACGGGUCUGCGGUUAUCUACAAGCGAGAUUUCCUCGACACUGAGCGGCCCUCAGGCACCCCUGACCAGCCUUGCCUUUCACGCUGCGCAGGUUGCUACAGGCUCUUCUACUCUCAGUCAAAUUUAUUCUGGUUGCUGGGACAAAUCCAUAUGGAAAUAUUCGUUCCAAGGACCUACAGUCAUCGAUCAAUCUUCAUUUCCUGCUCACCAAGACUUUGUGAAAUGUCUUCUAGUUGUUCGGACUCCUGAUAAACAAGAUAUUCUAAUCUCAGGAGGAGCUGAUGGAGACGUGCGAUUCUGGGCUCUGGACGGACAACCACUUGGCUCCAUCAAACCCCAAGCCCGAGGUAUCGAAUGUCUUGUCCUAGACCCUCUUUCCCCACUCGAUUCGCCUGUUGUGAUGCUUUCGACCUCCAAGCAAGAAAUCUUGUCCUUUUCUGUCCCAGCGGUAUCCAACAUCACCACGCAUAAAUUCCAAGUCUCUCCCCCGAUCACGGCGCAUGCUACGAGCGUGUACAAGCUGCACUUCGAUGAGGAUGGAGAUCUAUGGACAGCUUCGGCUGACAAAACAGCCAAGCGUCUCUUGAGAGACGAGGGCUGGAACGUUGACACGACAUUGACUCACCCCGACUUUGUGCGAGAUGUGGUGACACACGAUAAAUAUGGCUGGGUGGUGACAGCUUGCAGAGACGAAAAUGUGCGUGUGUGGAAUAAGGCGACUGGAGACCUCCACCACGUUUUUACCGGGCAUUAUGAAGAAGUGACAGGACUGUGUCUGGUCCGAGAUCUCGUCAUCAGUGUCAGCAUCGAUGCAACGCUUCGAAGAUGGAGUUUGGCCCCUGCGGAUCUGAACAAGGCGGUGCAAGAGGCCAAGAACCCCCAGCUUCUCGAACAGGAACCCCCACCCAACGCGGAUCUGGCGAUGUUGACCGCGGAGGAGGAAGCCGAACUGCGCGCAUUGAUGGAGGAGGAAGAGCAGGAGAUGUUGGAGAAGAUGGCCAUGGACGAGCAGUAA